AUGGACUCUCACUUUUAUUUAGUGCCAAUUUGGCUAACGGUGAAAAGGGUGAUGAAUCAGUUUCCACCGAUUACUUUGUUACGAGCGUGGUCUAGAGCGUAUCUACACAUACGUUACUUGUCGGCACAGCAAGUCAGGACAUCAUUUUUGCAGUAUUUUGAAAAACAUGAUCACAUCUAUGUGCCUUCUUCAUCUGUUGUUCCUGAGGAUGACAGUUCUCUGACUUUCGUUAGUGCAGGAAUGAACCAGUUCAAGCCACUUUUUUUGGGGGCAGAAUAUACUGAAGGUAAAUUUGCUGGUUUACGUAAUGUGGUAAAUUGGCAAAAAUGCAUACGUGUGGGGGGCAAACAUAAUGAUUUCGAUGAUGUCGGACGUGACUUGACUCAUCAUACUUUUUUCGAAAUGCUGGGGAACUAUUCUUUUGGGGGGUAUUCGAAGGCGGAAGCAUGUCGAUAUGCAUGGGAUUUUCUUACAAAUGUGCUGAAGAUACCAACUAAUCGAUUGUAUGUGACGUAUUUUCGUGGAGAUGAAAAUAUGAAGUUAGAGGAAGAUUUCGAAUGUCGUGAUGUAUGGAUUAACUUGGGUGUUCCAAAGGAUCGUAUUCUUGGCUUUAGUUCUAAGGACAAUUUCUGGGAGAUGGCUGAAACAGGCCCUUGUGGUCCAUGUACGGAAAUUCAUUAUGAUUUAAUCGGUAAUCGAGAUGCUCGUAAUCUUGUAAAUUCGAGUGACGCUACAGUGGUCGAAAUCUGGAACCUUGUUUUUAUGCAAUUUAAUAGGGAUAUGUCGUCUACAAUCACCAAAUUACCGAAGUUGUACAUAGAUUGUGGUAUGGGUUUCGAGCGUCUUGUGAGCAUUGUACAAGGACUGAAGUCUUCUUAUGAUACCGAUAUUUUUAUACCAUUUAUGAAAAUCAUUCAGGAGUUUUCGAAAGUCGGGAAAUAUUGUGGGCGGACAGGGAAUGACGAUAAUGAGAAAGUAGAUACGGCAUAUCGAAUUAUUGCUGAUCAUCUUCGUGCGGCAUGUAUUAUGAUAGCAGAUGGUGUUAAACCAGGUUCACGAAAUCGAGGAUUUUUACUUCGUCGAGUUUUGCGGCGCGCUGCAUUAAAUUUAACUCUUAAUCUUGGUGCAGAAAGGGAAACAUUGUCAUCUUUAGUGCCUAAAUUUGUUCAAACUAUGGCAGUGUUAUACGAAAGUGUCUCAUCGGUUGAAAAGUUGAUAGCAGAAACAAUUUCGUCAGAAGAGCAACUGUUUUGGAAAAGUUUUGACAAAGGGAAGAAGUUGCUUCUGCAAAAUAUAGCGCAUUCACCAGAAGUAUUACCAGGAGAGAAAGUCUGGAUGUUAUCAAAUGUUCACGGCCUUCCAUUAGAAAUCAUUCAACAGAUUUGUGAUAAAAAAGGCUUAAAAGUGGAUGUAGAUGGUUUCAAUCAGUCCCUUGAGGGAUCCCAGAGGGUUCAAAAAGCUCAAGAAGAACUCUGGCGCAAAAUAGAUUUGAAAGGAAUAUUAAGUAACGUGAAUUCAACUGAUGAUUCGGGAAAAUAUAAUUAUGAACGAAUUGAUAUGGGAAAAUAUGAAUUCCCAAAAAUGGUGGGUACUGUCAUGGCCUUGUAUGAUGUUGAUGGGAAAAGUGUAACCAGUCUUGGUGGAGGAGAAAAAGGAUGUGUAAUUAUGGAUUCCACAAUUUUUUUUGCUGAACAAGGAGGGCAGAUGUAUGAUUCCGGCACACUUCGGAAUAAUUUGGGUGAUGUUGUUUUUUCUGUCGAAAGUGUAAAAAGGCGAAGUGGAUAUGUUCUUCAUACAGGUGAAAUAGCUAAUAACCAAGUAGUGGUGAAAGGGACGAGUUUGCUGCAGAGCAUUGAUUCUAGACGACGAUUUUCGUUGAUGUGUGGUCACACCGUCAUUCACAUACUUAAUUUUUCACUUAGUAGAGUAUUCGGUUCACCAGUUCGUCUGUUGGGUUCAUUCAUUGGUCCUGAAAAAUUGUACUUAGAUUUCUUUAUUGAACAAGUUAUGGCAGUGGUUAAUGAAAUCAUUGAGAGCAAUCUCACUGUUACAGUUAAACACAUCUCGCACGAAGAUAUAGGUUGCGCUCAUAAAAACUUUUCAAGAUUCGACAUUUCGCAAGGAGCUUCUGCUGCUGGUCUGUUUCGGUUAAUCACAAUUCACAGUUCACAUUUACUGAAUCAAGAUAUUAUUGAGCCAUGUUGUGGAACGCAUGUUCUGAAUACGGGUGAUAUUGGUAAAUUUGUCAUAGUUGGUCAGAAUGCUCGGAGUGCCGGCGUACGUCGAAUUUAUGCAGUAACAGGCGAUUUAGCGAUGGAAAGUAUCUUGAAAGCAGAAAAACUUAAUAGUGAAUUAAUUUUGGCGUUAAAGAACACUAAUGAUGCUUUUGUUGAUACAAGAAAGUACAUAAGGGAGUUUCAUAAAGAUCUUCCGCUGCCACUUAAACCGUCAUUAUAUGAAAUGAUCAAAUCGAUUAAAAAAAGAAACAAACGCAUCAGUCGGGAGCUUCGUUCACUACGUAAGAAUUAG